AUGACGAGAAAGAAAAGCUGUGAGGGAAUAAUACUGGAGACCCCCGAUGGAUCCAAACAUGAGUACACCCUAGAAUUUCAAUUUAACACCUCAAACAAUGCGGCAGAGUACGAAGCCUUGAUUGGUGGAUUGCAGCUCACCCAAGAUAUUGGCGUGAAAAGAGUGGAAGUGUUUAGUGAUUCACAGCUGGUUGUAAAUCAAGUCAACGAGAGCUUCGAAGCAAAGGAGCCUCAGUUAAACUCUUACCAAGCACUGUCCAAAGCCUUCAUGCAACGCUUCAAGUCGGCAUCCAUCUCUCACAUCCUGCGGAAGAAAAACAGUAACAUAGACGCCCUUGCCCGGUUAGCCAUCGGAUGA